AGUGUUUUUAAACAAUCUUAUUUUUAUAUAGAUAUGUGAGUUCGAUACUUGGUCAAGGGUGGACUGUAUGACCUAUAAUUUGUGGGUGUUAGGUUAGCUAGUUAAACAAAGUUUAACCAAAGUGCGAGUUGUUUGACAUCGAGUCCACUGAAGCACAGCCCUAGUGUUUUAGUUAGCUCACGCUAGCUGCUAAGCGCUAACACAGCUGUUUGGGUCUUUCUGAAUUACACGUCGAUAUAUUCGUCCUCUUCAAUGGCUGUAAACGUCUACUCUACAUCAGUAACCGGUGACAACCUUAGUCGCCAUGAUAUGCUAAUAUGGAUCAACAACUCUCUGCGGAUGAACCAUUCUAAGAUCGAACAGCUCUGUUCAGGUGCUGCCUACUGUCAGUUCAUGGAUAUGUUGUUCCCAUCAUGUUUGCCAUUGAAGAAAGUGAAAUUCAAUGCCAAGCUGGAGCACGAGUAUAUUCACAAUUUCAAAAUCCUUCAAGGCAGCUUCAAGAAACUUGGUGUGAAUAAAAUUAUUCCUGUGGACAAACUUGUGAAAGGGAAAUUUCAGGAUAACUUUGAGUUUGUGCAGUGGUUUAAGAAGUUCUUUGACGCUAACUAUGAUGGGAAGGACUAUGAUCCAGAAGUGGCUCGUCAGGGGCAGGAGAUUGCUGCCUCAAAGUCUCCACUUACAGCUGUGGCUAAUAAACCUAGGAAAGGCAUCUCAGAUGCACGCAUCACUUCAGUCAAGCCAACAGUUCCAGUUGGUAAGAUACAUGACCUGCUAAGUUCACAUCAGCUCAUGUGCUGUGAACCUUGUUGUUCUCCAGCUCCACAAAGGUCAGCCACAGCUGCUCCCAAGAUGUCACCAGCUGCAGUGCAAAGACCAGAGUCAGGGGCUAUGAUUGAAGAUGGAGAAGAACUUAUUCAAAUGGUCAGUGAUCUGAAAAGCACCGUCACAGAUUUGGAGAAGGAGAGAGACUUUUAUUUUGGCAAACUGAGAAACAUUGAGCUUGUUUGCCAAGAGAAAGAAGGGGAGGAUGACCCCACAUUGAAAAAGAUACUUGAUAUUCUAUAUGCCACAGAUGAGGGUUUUGAAGUUCCAGGGCAUGGCACAGGUGAACCAGAAGAGUUUUAAGCAGUCAGUAGGAAUGGUUUGGUGUAAAGUUAAUGUUUGUGCAACUGUGCACGCUUGCAUAUGUGCACUGGCACUUUGCUUCCUCAAGUCAGCCACCUUUAUUCCACAGCUUUUGCACAUUGACCUAUGAAUGUUUUAGAUUCAGAAAGGUUCUGUUUCUGUGCCAUAAAAUGUUUUUCUUAUUGACCUAAGAAGUAACAUUAUUUUUGAUAGAAUAUAUUAUUAAAGUUGUUUCCUUGUUGCACUUUCUAAAUCAGUGACGUAUUGAGUCCAUUUUUAAAGAUUAUUUUAAGUGAUAAAACAAGUCCCUGCAUUGAGACAUGAAGCAUCAUUGCAGCAUUGUGCUCAUUUAAAAUAAAUACUUAAAAUAUUAAAAAAAAAAUUAUAUAGAAUGGAGUAUUUCCCAAAUUUCUGUGUGAACUACCUUUGUGCAUUGUUGCAUGUCGGUUUAACAAAAGCCAUUACAAUUGUUUAUCAA